AAUUUACUAGAUACGAAUUUUUCAUAAUAAUCUCACAGAAUCGAUUCACCGAAAACGAUGCAAAGGUCGCCAAGGAGAUUAAAAACUCGAGGAAGAAGUUCUGCUUCGUACGAAGUCAAAUUGACAAUGACUUCCGUUCUUUAGAAUUGCAGGGUAUAGCUUUUAACAUAAAAGAUAAACUUGAUAAGAUGAAACAAGACAUAAAUCGCGAUUUGAUGGAAGCGGGGACUGCAGAACACAUUGUUUUCCUGAUAUCAAGCAUUAAAGUAAAUGAGAGAUUUUUCUCGGUUAAAGGGAAAGCUUAUUAAUAGUCUCAAUGGAAUAAAAAAAGAUGCUUUAUUGAUGACACUUCGAAUCACAACGGUGAAGAUUGUGGAGCAGAAAGGAGCCCAGUUGAAGAACCGUGUCUGGAUGUUGGCAACAGUCUCAGGAGCUGUGGGAUUGGUGCCUGUUCCCGGAUUGUCUUUCGCCGUUGACCUCGGGAUACUAGUCACUGCAAUAAUAGAUUUCCGCAAAAGUCUCGACCUGGAUGAUGCCUCCCUUCAGAGACUGGCCAAUGUCUCAAAGAAACCUGUGGAAUAUCUGAAAGCAGAAGUGAGAACCCCACUGAUGGGUGAAAUAAACGAGGAGUUUGUGAAACAAAUGUUGGUGCGAUCCAGUUUUGCUGCGGUUUCUGCGGUGGAAAUGACCCUUAACUUUAUACCAAUCAUUGGCUCCAUUUUCGGGGCAGCGUCGUCAUUUGGAAUGACCUACAAGCUGCUGACCGACGCACUGGAUGAACUUGUGGGGAAUGUCCACAGAGUGGCGAAAGUUGCAUUUGCCACUGAUCCUAGUUAUCGGCAAUGAAGAAUCCGCUACUGAGUUGCUGCAAGUCAUCGCGGAUGCGCGAAUGGAAAAUAAAUAUCAUCUUUCACAUCUUCAUUAAGUUCCAAAUUAUUUCACAGCUGAUGAAUUAUUUUAAAAGCUGUUGUCACUGCUGUGAUCUUCCCAACCAAUUCACUGCAAACACCUUAAGCGCACCAACCCGCCGGAGAAUUUGUCUUAUUCUAAAACGGACCCCACCUGAAAUGUCUCCGAUGCAUGUUCUGUAAAGAUGCUGCUUGACCCGCUGAGUUACUCCAGCGUUUUAAACAAUUGACAAAAUAGACAAUAGACAAUAGGUGCAGGAGUAGGCCAUUCGGCCCUUCGAGCCAGC